AUGCGCGUCAACGCUCAGCUGCGUCUCGGACUCUCUCCGCUCUCCUCCUCGACCACCAUCACCACCACCUACACCUCCAGUAUGCGUGCUUCCUCCUCCCUCCGACUGAGCCUCAACACGAUCGUGCGACAACGCAUGUCGGCGGACCCGUGGGCGACGCACGCGUCCGACACGAGCCCGUUCUGGAAGAAGGUGCGCGAGGCCUUGGUCGUCAACCCCGACAUCUCGAGUGGGAACCCGCUGGUAAGUAUUAUGGCACCUAAAAUGAUGAGACGACGGAGCGCAAGCCUGCUGAAGCUGGUGUGGUGUGGUGUUGGGAUUGCGAUUGCGAUUGCGCGGCGAACCUCUUUUAGGUGCGAGCGCAUCGGCAGCCCGAGCCGGCUUCGAGGGAGGAAAAGUUCUCGGUCCCCGCUAGCAAGAGUUCGGAUGGUAAGUCGAUCAUACCCUGUUGGGAGGAGGCGGAAGAAAGCGGGGCACAGGACGACGUAACCGUUCGCCGCCGGCGCUCGGACCGAGCUCCGCCACACCCGCUUCUACACCUCCCGAAUGCCAUGCUUGGGUGGCUCACAGCGUACCCUAUCUUCCUCUCUGCAGUCGCACAAAACCCCUACUGGAAGCGAGACACCCGCCGGUGAGUUCUUUGGCGUCAGCUGCUCGCCGUCGACCCGAGCCGUGCCCGAAACUGACCCCUCCCAUGUCACCUCGUGCAGCCAAUACCCCAUGACCGAAGUACUUCAACAAUCCGAGCUCUCGGCUCUUCUCAUCACCCAAGGUGGCAUCAACUCGUACGUCGAUCGAGUCCCAUCGUCCAGCACCGAUCCCCACCUCCGAGCUAACCCUACUCUACCUCUCCAGUAUCCCCUCGAUCGCCGCUCCCUCUUCCCCACCUUCGACCAAAGCCCUCGUCGACGGCUCUGCCAAGAUUCCAAGCCUGUCGAGUCUAUUCGUUUCUGCCUCGCCCGCUUCUUCGACCGAGGUGUGGAAGCCCCCCAUCGCGCCUGGGUUGAAGCUCAAGUGGGCACCGUCGAAGGAGGUCGUGCCUUCGAAUCCGGACGUCGAGUUCCCCAUGGUCAACUACUCGAGCUACAUCGCUUGA